GUUCCCGGGGGAGUGCGUGGGCCGAGCCAGGGGCAGCCCUGUGGAGGCAGGAUGUUCACCUCCAAGUCCAACUCGGUGUCGCCCUCGCCGUCCAUGGAACAGGCCGACUCGGACGCGCUGGACAUUAGCACCAAAGUGCAGCUCUACGGGGUGCUGUGGAAGCGGCCCUUCGGGAGGCCGUCCGCCAAGUGGUCCCGGCGGUUUUUCAUCAUCAAAGAGAGCUUUCUGCUUUACUACUCUGAGAGUGAAAAAAAGAGCUUUGAAACCAAUAAAUACUUCAAUAUACAUCCUAAGGGUGUCAUCCCUCUGGGGGGCUGCCUGGUAGAGGCCAAGGAAGAGCCCAGCAUGCCCUAUGCCAUGAAGAUCUCCCACCAGGACUUCCAUGGGAACAUCGUGCUGGCUGCCGAGUCCGAGUUUGAGCAGACCCAGUGGUUGGAGAUGCUGCAGGAGUCCGGGAAGGUGACCUGGAAGAAUGCCCAGCUAGGAGAAGCCAUGAUCAAAAGCCUGGAGGCCCAGGGCCUGCAGUUGGCCAAGGAAAAGCAAGAGUAUUUAGACAAACUGAUGGAGGAGACGGAAGAACUCUGUCUGCAGAGGGAGCAGAGAGAGGAGCUUGAGCGCCUUAACCAGGUCCUGGAGGCCGAGAAGCAGCAGUUUGAGGAGGUGGUGCAGGAGCUGAGAAUGGAGCAGGAGCAGAUCAAGAGAGAGCUAGAACUGACAGCAAGAUGCCUCAAGGGCGUGGAGCAAGAGAAAAAGGAGCUGAGGCGCUUCACAGAGUCCUUGCAGCAGACGCUGGAGGAACUCUCCAUAGAGAAGAAGAAAACCUUGGAAAUGCUGGAGAAGAAUGAGAACCAGCUGCAGACACUGGCCAAUCAGAGUGAGCAGUCCCCUCCCAGCGGGGGUCUCCAUAGUAACCUAAGGCAGAUUGAGGAGAAGAUGCAGCAGCUGUUGGAGGAGAAGCUCCUGGCAGAGAAGAGGAUGAAGGAGAAUGAGGAGCGCUCGCGGGCCCUGGAGGAGGAGCGUGAGUUCUACUCAAGCCAGUCCCAGGCACUGCAGAACUCAUUGCAGGAGCUGACAGCAGAGAAGCAGCAGGCUGAGCGGGAUCUCAAGGCUGAGGUGAAGGUCCGCAUGGACUUGGAGAGGCGUCUGCGCGAGGCAGAGGGAGCCUUGCGAAGCCUGGAACAAGGGCUAAACUCCAAGGUGCGAAACAAGGAGAAGGAGGAGAGGAUGCGGGCUGAUGUUAGCCAUCUGAAAAGGUUUUUUGAGGAGUGCAUUCGCAACGCUGAGCUGGAGGCCAAGAUGCCGGUCAUCAUGAAGAACUCCGUGUAUAUCCACAAGGCGGCCACACGCCGCAUCAAGAGCUGCCGCUUCCACCGGCGCCGCUCCAGUGCCUCUUGGAAUGACAUGAAGCCAUCUCAAUCCUUCAUGACCUCUCAGCUGGAAGCCAACAACAUGGAGGAGCUCAAGGAGGUGGCCAAGCGUCUCAGCCGAGACCAGCGCUUCCGGGAAUCCAUUUACCACAUCAUGGUGACCCAGCCCGGAGGCCCUGCUGGGCUUCCCCGGAGUGGGAAGUGAUGGGCUCUCCUCCCUUGCUUCCCAAGUCUUUCCCCCAUGGGCUGGGAGAAGGGAAGAGGCGCAGAGGGAGGCCUGACUAGCCUGGCUCCCCUCAGCUGUCUGGGGACUGCCUCUCCUCUGGGCCACAGCUCCACCUCGGGGCCAGCCUCACUCUUGCCCUCACCCCAGGCCCUAAACUUGGGUCUAUACCAGGCCCAUGCAGGCCUGAGCUGGGGUGCCUGGUUGCCAUGGAGAGGUGAGGGGUCCUGUUUGUAUGUGGAGAUGUUUUUUGAUGGAAGUGGUGUGGGGAGGGAGUGCUGUGUACCCUGCGGUGUGGGCAGGCAGGGCCCGCCCCUCUGGGUGAGACAGCAGCCCUCUCUUGUGCCUACUGUGCCUCUCUGCCCCUCUCUAUGUGACUCUGCUGGCCUACCUGCCCCUGGUCCUCAUGUAUAAAGGCCCUACCCCCCAGCCCAUCUUAACACUCCCUUUGCCCCCCAGGGUUCCUAACCUUUUCUUUGCUUCUGACACUAACUGGACAUUCCUCAGCUGAGGCCCCUCAUUGCACAUCAUGGAGUAGGAAAAAAAGGGACCUAGGAAGCAGCUUCUGGGCUCACAGCACCCCAUGCUUGCCAUGGUACCACCUUUCCUGAGGUUUGGGGACCACUCCCUGACACCCCUGCCCCUCAGGUGAGCUCAACCACAUGUAGCCUCUGCACUCAAGGAGGCUAGCAGAGACACUGAAGGCUCUCCCAGAGGGUGUCUAGCCAGCUCAGGGCAUGGAAGAAGGUGGCCCUCGUUUCUAGUCGGGCUGGGAGGCACCUGCCCCUGGCUAUAGCGACCCUACUGUUCUGUGUGGUCACAGAUGUCUCCCUCCCAGCUGCCCCUACUUUGACCUCCUUGCUGUCCCCUCCUCCUGCAGAGGCUUUACCAGUGACAUAAUAUGACCAUGAACCCUGUCAGAUGGGGAGCUUGGGCCAAUGACAAGGCCAAUAGCCAUUAGUCAUCUCAGAGCCAUUGUGGGUGAGGCUGAACUCCCAUCUGCAGCUUUUGUGGAAGAUUGCCACCUCCCAGGGGCUGACAGCUGUGGAGUGUGUUCCUCACCCAUGGACAGAAAAGUCUGCCCUACUCUUCUUCCUCCAGCCCUACCCUCUGAAGCUACCUGUGUCUCUUCAUCUCUCCAAAAAAGGCAUCUACCAGGCACCAGCAUUCUUGGGACUCUAGUGGUAUUAAAGGUGCUGUUCUCUGAUGCUUGGAAUACUGACAGAAGUGCUGGGUCUGAGAGAUGGACAGAUGGCUGCAGGGAAGCCUGGCAGAAGGUGCCAGCCCCUGGAAGUUUGCAGCCUAUUCUGUGGCGAGAGAAGAGUCCUGUCCUCUGAGAGCACAGGUACUUCUGUGCUCCAGGCUGCCUGCUGAGACCCACCUCCAUGGUCCCUUCUCAGUGAUGGGUGGACUUUGAUGGGGGCAGCCAGUUUCUGCAGAGUCUAGGUGGGGACAAGGGUGGGGAUGGGGUAGAGUGGGGAUGAGGGCAGACAGAAUGCAUCUGAGAGGGCUGAGUGUGAAUGUCAAAACUUUAAACAUGUAUACACCUGCAUAACCGUGGAGCUAGCUUAUCAAAUAUGUAUGUGUGAUGAACCUUGAAAUGUGGGAGAAGAUUUAUAAAACCAAGAUAAUUUUAUUUAUUUAUUGUUAAGGUAUUAAAUUAAUGGCUUUCUUUUGGGGAAAGAUCUUUUGGAAAUUUUCAAAUGCACCUCCCCUCCCCCAAGACAAGCUCUUAACCAAAAAGAAAGUGCACAUUUACCACUAUCUAGUUCCUUUCCUCCUAUUCUCACCCCAUGCUUCUUAUGUCUCAGGCAAGCCUGGGUUAUCUUCAGCCAUUUGAUCAAUCCAUAAGUAUGUAUUUGUUAAAAGCUUACUCUGUACCUACCGUUGUAAAUAGAAAAAGAGCCAACAUCUCUAUGUCAAAAUAUGUAGGGGUGAAAAUUACUUACUGGAAUAUAUUGAUCUGAUCUGAUUUUUUUUUUUUUUUAACAAAACCUUUAUUUCUUGGCCUAUUAAAUGUGAUGUACCCUGAGUAUCUCUUUCAGUACAGGGUGUGUAGUCUUUGCCAGAGAGGUGUUGCCCCCUGCAGGCCAAAUGUGG